AGGUAUGUUGGAUGAAAAAAAUCAUAUAUUUGCAAGAAGAAUACAACCAAUGCAAAUGCUGAUUUAAAAUAAAUAUUUCACAGAAUACAAAGUCAACCCUGACUGCCGAAAAAAAAAACUAACCACAAGAAACCAACUGAAAAAAUAACCUCCGACGAACAGCUGGUAACCAAACGACACUAAUGGCCUUAAUGAUUAGAUGAGAAUGUAAGCGAAAAGAAGAAAAAAAUGAAGAAGGAAACCCAAAAAACCCAAGAUUGAAUAGAAUAAUACCCGGAUGUACAGGAAAUAUAAGAAACAAGAGAGGAAGCAGCAAGCAAGCAAACAAGAACGAAAACAGCAGCAGCCACAACAAAAAGAACAGCGAUAAGAAUACAAGUGAAACAAGUGAUGUUCAUAAAAAAAGAAAAAAAAAAAAAAACAGAUUCAGGGGAUUCAAACUAGCGGCAAACUAAUAGAAAAUAUGCUGACGUCAGCCACGCAAUAAACUAACAAAGUCACCAAAAAAACUGUCCCAAACCCAAAUGGGAAAGAGUUCAUAAAAAAGAUAUUUGUGGGAGGGUAGAAAGAAAGUAAAAAAGGAAAACUAAACGAAAUCUGGAAGGCGAUAACCAAGAAAGAGAAAAAACCCCAAAUUCCAACAACCAUCAGUUCCUGUGUAGGAAAACACCAAAAAAACUUGGGGUCCUUAAAUAGUUGUAUUUUUUUUUUUUUUUUGUUUUCUUGAAAAACAAGAUAAGGACUAUAUGGCCCAGUUAUUUCGCAGACUUGGUUGACAUGUUAAAAAAAAUUGAAACACAGACUAAAGGAAUUUUCGUUUGUUUGAAUGUCAUUCCAAGGAUUUAAGUCAUUAGUCUAAAAGGCUUAUGUGGCAUUGAGAAGGCUCUAAUCUUGAAAUACAAAAUCCUGGUCCUACAUGGCAUUUGGGCUUAAUGAACACUUAUCUCCGAGAAAACAACAAGAAUAUCGCUCGCAUUGGCCCCGCCCCCAAUAAAUGACAAUUUUUGCCAGGCUGCUGCAAGGAAGACAACAAAAUGUUUUCUUUUUGACAUAAAAUACGUAUGAAAUUAACGACAACAACAACAACAACAACAAAAUACUCUACUAACAAUAUUUUUUAAAUGACUACAACAACAACACCAAAAAUCACCACAAUGUUUAGACGACAUCCUACAAAAACGAAAUUUGCAUCCAUAUUUGGUAUUUAUUUGGUCGUCCUAUGGUCGCUAAUGGCAGACCCCAUCUUCGCGUGUCCUCCCGACGUAUGUAUGUGUAAAUGGAAGGGUGGCAAACAGACGGUGGAAUGUGGUGGCCAAUCACUACCCAAUAUACCCGAAGGUAUGGAUCCCGGUACUCAGGUCUUGAACUUUUCCGGCAAUGCCCUACAGGUCUUGCAAAGUGAACGUUUUCUGCGCAUGGACCUGUUAAAUUUGCAGAAAAUUUAUUUGUCACGCAAUCAACUGAUACGAAUACAUGAAAAAGCUUUCCGGGGCCUUACAAAUCUUGUGGAAUUGGAUCUGUCGGAGAAUUCGUUACAACACAUCCCCACAGAAACUUUUCAGGACUAUAGCUCGCUGAUGCGCCUCUCGUUGAGUGGAAACCCCAUAAGGGAACUUAAGACGGCCGCCUUUCGUUAUUUGUCUUUUCUCACGACAUUGGAGUUGAGCAACUGUCAAAUAGAACGCAUCGAAAAUGAGGCAUUUGUGGGCAUGGACAAUCUGGAAUGGUUGCGUUUGGAUGGCAAUCGCAUUAGCUAUAUCCAGGGUAAUCAUAUUUUACCCAAAUCCCUGCAUGGCAUCAGCUUGCAAAGCAAUCGCUGGACCUGUGAUUGUCGUCUGUUGGAUCUACACAAUUGGUUGAAUAGCUACAACACACCUCAGACGGAGGAGCCCAAAUGUGUGGAGCCUCUACGCCUCAAGGGUCAGGUCAUUAAGUCACUGAAGAAAGAAGAAUUUGCCUGUCUGCCGGAGGUAACUCCCCAAUCCACCUAUACCGAGGUGUCCGAGGGACGCAAUCUCACCAUUGCCUGCGUUGUGCGAGCCAUACCCGAACCCAAGGUGUUGUGGCUUUUCAAUGGCCAGGUCAUGACCAAUGACAGUUUCGUCGAUAACAUGCACAUGCUGUACUACAUCGAUGAAACCUCCACCACGUCGGAGGAGAAACACAGUGAAAUUUUCAUUUACAAUGUGGGCGUUGAGGACAAUGGCACCUUCUCGUGUGUGGGUCAAAACAUUGCCGGCACUACCUUUAGCAACUACACCAUACGUGUCAUUAUCAAGGAGCCGCCCGUCGUUAACGAGGUAUCCUUUCCCCAGAACUACAUGAACUACAUUGUGGCCAGCUCGGCGGGCGGAGGCAUUAUUUUCGUACUCAUCAUGGCCUUUAUCAUUGUCCAGUGCAAGAAACGCCAGAAUCCCGUGAAACGUAAGAAAUGUCCCUCGUCGGCUGUGACAACUGUCAAUGGCAAUGGCAACACCUCCUCCUCGGAUGGGUCGUCCAGCAACGAUACCGGCCUCAUGAAAUGCUCAUCCAUCAUCAAUGACAGCGAUAGUCUGAAUGGUAAUUCCGGCUUAAUAUUGGGACAAUGUGACAGCCUAACACCCACCAAAUUGGCCAAGGAGAAUGGUGUCAUUCUCGGCCAGCAAAUGAAACAGAACAUUAUGCUCUAUAAUCCCAUGGACAGCUCAACGCAAACGCUGCAGUUGAGUGUCAACAUGGCAGCCGCUGCCUCGGCCGCCCUCUCAUCGGCCACACCGCCGCCGCCACCGCCCAGCUCGUUGAUGGUUAAUCCGGCCUUAAGCUCCAGCCUGGCCUACUGUUCGCCACCCUCAUCGCUGCGCAACUACACCGAAAAGAAUCCCGAUUUGGUCAAUGAUGCCGAAAGUGGCGUCAAGCACAAACUGAAGGCAUCCGCCUCACUGGACACUGCCGGCUCGGAGUAUGACAGUCAAAGUGAUUGUCAAAAUCCGGUGCAAUAUGAACAAUAUUAUCAACUGUCAGCUCCGCAGUUUGGCUCCCAAAUACUAAGGCCCAAUGCUGCAGCGGCCAUGGCCGCCUCCUCUCGCUUUGGUGGCCUUACCACUCUGCCCCGGGGCAUGCAGCUGAAGACAGUCAUGAAUUCCAUACCCACACAUCCUGUCGAUGUGCAUCUGAACCCGGUGUGCUUUUUGGGCCAGGAUGGCUUUGCCUACGACUACAGCAAUGCCCAUUUGCAGCAAUCACCACAACAACCACCGGCCCAUCAUCAUCUAAUGCAACAACAGGCUGCAGCAGCGGCCAACAACCAGCAGCAGCAACAGCAAAAUGCCUUGCAUCAACAGCAGCAGCAACAACAGCAGAAUUUCUACCGCACACUACCACACAAGCACAAACAACAACAAUUUGCCAAUGCCAACAACAAUGGUAUGCGCUACAGCCUAGAGGCCGAGUUCUUGCAGCAACGCUCCAUGACUCCCAAUACCUAUGACAAAUAUAAUUUGCCCAGUGUGCGUUUUACGGCCGAAGGAUAUCCGCAGACUCAUCUAGUGCAAUAUCCCUCACCACCGGAAGGCUAUAAGAGCUGCAACAAUGGGUCAGAGCAAAACUCUGCACAGCAGCAGCAACAACAACAGCAUCAACAGUGGCCUCCUUGCCUGCCCGGCUAUCAUGCCCAACCGCUGCACUAUGCCCCCACAAUUAUGGGCAUGCUGAGUCCCCAGCAACAACAACAACAACACCAGCAACAACCACUUACCUCUUUAAACUCUACAGUUUCACAGCUGAAUAGUAACACCGCCACCUCCAUCUCCUCCUCCACCCCCUCCUCCUUAGCCACAUCGUCGUUAGUGAAUGCUAAUACCUCUAUACAAUCACCAGCAGCCUCUUCAUCAUCCUCCUCGUCGGCCUCCUCCAACUCUUGCUCCUCGGCGUCGUCGUCAUCGUCCUCCUCAUCAUCCGCGACCAUUACCAAUACCUGUCCAGCCACCACAACAAUGGAGGGACGCAAACGUUGCGUUGCCGCCCAGGCGGAUUCUUCAACCAUACCCGAAUGUGACGAAAGUGAAAUUUCACCCUCAAACUCCUCCAUGACGGUGGGUGGAGAGCCGGCGACAACAACGGCCACAGAAAAGGCUACAACGAAAAAACGUUACCUCAACGGUCCACUGGCCGAUAGUCCCGACGAGGGCUAUGUCGGUGAUCCACGCGAUACCACAACCGAUAUGUGACAACUUCAAAAGCAACAACGUAUGGUUAAGAACCCGGUCGCCGCAUCCCCUGCAACAGCGACAGCAUCAUCAUCAACAUCGCUGUCAACAACACUCUCAACCACCUGUAGUAGUUUGUCGAAUAUCACCAACACCGCCGCCACCAACACCACCUUACCUGCCUCUAAAUUGAAUGUGUCCACAACGUCGAUGAUGUUGGGCGCCACAGCAAACAGUAAACCGCAUCCAACAGCAGCAGCAUCAUCAUCUUUAUCGUCGAAGAGCAUCACAGCAACUCUCACCGAUGAUACGGUAGCUUUGUAAGAAAAAAAAAAAAAAAAAAAAAAAAAAAAACACACUCUCAUACACGUAUAAGUUGAAUAGUUUAUUAAAUACCUUACAAUGCGUGGGGCAAGCUGCAAUAGUUUUUGAGAUAGUUUAAUAUUUGAGGGUUUAUUUUGUUUUCUUAAGUUAAACUAUAUAUUUUUGAAAGUUAGUAUUUGAAUAUUUAAGGGAUCGUUUUUAAAUUCACCAAACUUUAAUAAUUUAAAAAAUAAUCAACAUUUGAAGUAUAUUUCCAAUAGCUUGAUAAUGGCCAUGAUGAUAGAGUAGGGAUAGAUCAAACACUUUUAGAGAGGAUUGAAAAAAUAAUAUGACUGGAAAAUUCCGAAAAGUCUCUGCGAACAUUGUAUAUUGCAAUUCCCAUAAUUUUACUUAAGCCAACAAGCAGUCAAAUAGCAUCGUUAACCGAUUUUCUGAGGAUGAAUAUCCUUGAAAGGUCUUUAUGAGUAUUGGAAGAAUUCUGAAAUUUUUAUUAAU